AUGCCUCGGGGGCAGAAGAGUAAGCUCCUUGCCCGUGAGAAACGCCUGCAGCCUCGAAGUGAGUCUCAGAAUCUCCAGGGUGCUCAGGCCACUGCAGCAGAGGUUGAAGAGUCCCCUGCCUCUUGUCUUUCUGGGGAGUCUCCCACAAGCUCCCCUGCUCCUGGUCCAUCCCAGGAGCCUCAGGGAGCCUCGGCCACUAGCUCUCCUGAAGAAGGUGUGUCAUGCUCAAGAUUUAAUGAAGCUGCCAAGAGCCAAGUUGAGAAAAGUACAAGAGCCUCCAGGGCUGCACUCUUCAAACGGAGGGCUCGCAGAGAUCCUCUCAACAGGAAGGUGUGCAGGCUGGUGCAGUUCCUGCUGGAGAAGCUUAAAAGGAAGGAGCCCAUCACACAGGCCGCACUGCUGAGGAUCGUCAACAGAAAGUACAAGGAGCAAUACCCCGAGAUCCUCCGGAGAGCCUGUGAGCACCUGGAGCUGCUCUUUGGCCUUGAGCUGAAGCCAGUCAACCCCAACAGUCACACCUAUGCCUUUGUCAACAACCUGGGCCUCCCGAUUGAGGGAGACCUGGGCAGCGAAGAGGUGGUGCCCAAAACCGGGCUCCUCCGCGCUGUCCUGGGGGUGAUCUUCGUGAAGGGUGACCAAGCCACUGAGGAGGAGAUCUGGGAGUUCCUCGAUGUGUUGGGGGUCCAUCCUGGGAAGACGCACAUCAUCAUCGGGAGCCCAGGAGUUCAUCACCAAUGA